CACGUUAGCUUCCAGAAUGAACAACCGGUAGGUAGUUUCAAAGACCACUUCUAUGAUUCAACUUUACACGGGAUCAAUAUAAAUCAAAUUACAGGAAGGCUGGUUCCAGUCGAGCGCGAAUUUACAUUCGCAGCGUCUACCGAAAUUUCACCACAGGGAUAACCUAAUUCUGAGCACGGCUAUACAGCCGUAUACUUUUUCCACGGAUGGUAACAGGAAGAGCGCGGUCCUACGACCUGCACCUCUUUGUACUGUAUAGUCAGGAAGGGUUUCAGAGCGCGGUACUACAACCGGCACGUCUGAGGCCAAUAAUAGUUCUGAAAAACCCGGGAGAUGGUUUUCGAACUUCCCAGAUGUCCCGCUGUAGGUUCAUCAUGGCAUUCCUUCAUUAUGCGCAUCCUUUCUGUCUUGGGAAUGCAAAGCUUCCAUCGGCUUUCCAAACCUUCUGCAAUUUCCGGUGUGCAUCGUGGGAACGACCGGUACAAAUAUCCCUGCUCUAUCUUAUAUUCCGGAAACUGUUCUGGGUGUCUUCGGCUCUUCCUCCAAUGGUUGUAUUGGAGUCAAAUUCUCAACUUCCUCAUACCGGCGAGAUAAUGCAUCGGCUACCAGAUUCCAUUUUCCCUUCCUGUAUAUCACCUCAAAGUCGUAGGGCUGCAAUUGUAAUAUCCAUCGAGCUAAUCGGGACGUGGGUUUUUCCAUUGUGGCAACCUUUCAAAUUCCCCUGCGAAUUCCAAUUUUCAUAUAUUCUAUCCAAUUGGCUGUGCCUGGACAUUUCUCCCUGCCUUCGGAUUAAUCUUAAAUCGAUACCUGUAUGGGAGGAAGUAUAUCUCGACACUAUCGACGACAUCGGCCCAAUUUCUCCACCCAUCUUUGUGGUUCCUGUACCAAAGCAACGCUUUACCUUUUAGCAUUUCCGGAAUGAUAUUGGAUCACCAGUACCAUCAAAUUUAACUCCCCACUUCCGCACCUUAUCACUUAGUUCUGCAGCUGUUGGUUUACCCACUGGCACUUGCCCUGGCUCCCUUGUGUGCUGAUGUCUCUCUGAUCUGGAAGUGGUCUCAUACCUGGUUUUUGGUCACUUGCAGUUCCCAGUGGAUCACGAAUAUACCGUAUUAACCUGGCCCUCAACUCCUCGACUGUACCAGUGGACUUCACUCCCCUAUCGUCUAAUUCUGCGAUUAAUUCUUCCUUCCUCUUUGUGUAGACCCACCCGAUCUUUGGUUCGGGUUCCAUUUUCUCCGCCUGAGGUUCGUCUCCUGGCAUCUCGUGGUACGUAUGUAACUAUUCCCUAAUUAACUAACUAUAUUACAGGUUCUGGAAAACUAAAAGAAAUAAAAAUUAUCCUGGAAAACAAAAUUAAAUUCAAACUGGAAAAUUACACAAAUCCUUUUUGGAAGCUAGAAUAGUUUUAAUUGUUAGUAGCUUACUUGCAUGUACUUUUCUCUUCUUUAAACUGCUCGGGCGCCACUUUUUAUGGUCCUAAGGGUUACAAACUACCCUUUGCCUAUUGGUAACCCAAGGACCUCCAAAAAAAUCUCCCAUUCCUAAACCCCCUCCUGUUCACCCAUACAACACUGUAUGGUUGGUUGCCUAUGGUUCAGGUUCACCGGGAGAUGCUGCGUAGCUCUACAGCCGGAGAUAUCAGGUCUCCACUUUUAAUAAACUAAAACCUUGUUUUUUUCAAGAAAAUAUAAUUAAACAAAUAUAUGUACAAAAUA